AUGGGCUGCUACCUGUCAGACACCAUCUACACCAGAGUCUCAAUAGAAAACAUCGACUUCCAAACGUCAGGCAUCCUGCCCUGCGUCCCCGAAUCUCCUCUUGCGCCAUUUGGAGCUGGGUGCCCCGGAAAGGGGGCAGGUCUUAUUCGCGCUCUGGAAAGAUUUCACCGCACCACGGGGGAGCGGCUGGCGCCUCCGCAGAAGUCCACGUGCCUGCACUGCGAGGCUGGAGGAGGCUCCCAGGGCGCCCGGAGCACCUGGGAGGAGCCCGCGGCCGCUGUCUCCCUCGGCCGCUGUCCCCCUCAGCCGCCCAGGACGCGCAGGGGCCUUCGGGCCACCUACCACCGGGCCCUGGACAAGGUGGAGCUGCUGCUUCCAGAGAAACUGAGGCCGCUGUACAACCACCCGGCAGGUCCCAGAACAGUUUUUUUCUGGGCUCCAAUUAUGAAAUGGGGCUUGGUGUGUGCUGGCUUGGCUGACGUGGCCAGACUUGCUGAGAAACUCAGCACAGCUCAAUCUGCUGUUUUGAUGGCCACAGGGUUUAUUUGGUCAAGAUACUCACUUGUAAUUAUCCCAAAAAACUGGAGUCUGUUUGCUGUUCAUUUCUUUGUGGGGGCGGCAGGAGCGUCUCAGCUCUUCCGUAUUUGGAGAUAUAACCAAGAACUAAAAGCUAAAGCAAACAAGUAAGAAUUCCUGACCACCUGAACAAUCUAGACGUGGAUAGAACCACUGGGACUAAUUUGACUUAUUAUUUGGCUAUGGAUAAGGUGAUAUUAGCUGUGCUACUGUUUGGAAGGCAUAAAAAAUCAAAUUGUAAACUGGGGCCUAAUACUUGAUUCAACAG